CGAAGCAGUUGUAAUCGCCGCCGCCGAAAAAAAAGCGCUCCCGUUGACGAUCGUAGGAUUUGAAGCUGAAGCGAUAAAAUAAACUAACAAAGUUGUGGAUGACAGGUGGCAUUAUGUCGGUCAGACCCGCACAUGACAUUUCAAUACGCUGACAAGCGGGGACAAGUCCAAAUCACGCACAGGUGGACACACACGAUAUAGUCAGAUGUCGGUCGAUCAUGAGCCCACUGUUUUGUCUAGAUCCUCAGCAAAACCUCAAGUGGAUACGCCGUACAGUAGAAAGGUCAGUAUCGUGGAACACCAUAUACACGACAAGGGGCACGAAAAUCAUGCUUUUGAGUCACCGGCCAGAAGCAGAAAAGUAUCAGCUACCUCCGAGUACGCGGAAAUAGGACCCGUAAGAAAAAAAAGUAUUCUACACCACCAUAUAAGCAACGCUUUCGAAAAUACCAACGGAGUUUAUGAUGCAGGGAAAGUGCACAAUGCCGACAGAAAAAAGAAAAUUUCCACCACAGAGUCUGUCAAUUCCAAAUAUUCAGCAUACUCGAAAACAUCUGCAUAUUCACGAGCUAGAUUAUCGGACGAUGUUAAUGACGAUAAAUCAUGGUGGUACAGUUUUUGUAUAAAGUGUCGGACGCAAGAGAACCAUCCCUCGUGGCAUCCUGGCAUAUGGCCUAAAAUCUGCCCUUAUCCAUUUUGCCCCACAUACCGCCAGUUUUCAAGAAUAAUCGCCGUAGGGCUGAUAGGGCUCCUAUCGUGGUGCGUGCUAUACGCUCUCAUUGGAGAUAUAGCGGCCCCACCGCAUGGCAUAAUUUACCAACUAAUUUUGUUGAGCAUUUGCGCCCACUUCGGGGGUUGGAUAAUAAGUCUGACGACGCUUCCUGCCCUUAUAGGCAUGCUGUUCACGGGACUGCUUUUCCAAAAUGUUGGCGUUGUCAACAUAAACGAGGACUUUUCCGAGAUCACAAAGGUGUUUAGGAACAUAGCAUUGGUGAUUAUACUAAUAAGGGCUGGGUUGGACUUGGACCCGUCCGCCCUUCGCCGGUUAAAGUUCACUGUGAUGAAACUCGGGCUAAUUCCCUGGAUCACGGAGGCGUCAGUAACGGCAGUGUUUUCCAGAUACUUUCUGGACAUGCCGUGGAACUAUGCUGUGCUUCUGGGAUCAAUCAUUGCUGCCGUAUCGCCAGCGGUUGUUGUGCCAUGUCUGUUUAGGUUGCGGUCUAAGGGAUACGGCGUAGCUAAAGGCAUUCCGACCCUUAUUAUAGCCAUAGCGGGUAUUGAUGAUGCCUUAUCCGUGGCGAUGUUUGGCGUCAUCAAAAGCAUCAUGUUUUCCAGCAGUUCGGUUACUUCCGUGAUUCUUCAGGGACCUGUUUCUAUUUUGGGCGGUUUGGGAUUUGGGAUAUUGUGGGGAAUUCUUUGUAAUUACAUUCCUGAGAAGCACGAUCCAUUUUUGAUUCCUUUGAGGAUCCUUCUGCUCCUAGUGGGAGGUUUGAUCACUGUAUUCGGAAGCGACCUCAUCGGAUACAGCGGUGCCGGACCUUUGGCUUGCGUGUCCACAGCGUUCGUCUGUUUAGUCUGUUGGACGAAACAAGGAUGGGAAAUCGACGACAAUCCAGCAACUACCGCGUUCGAAAUUUUCUGGAUGAUAUUCGAGCCAGUUUUAUUUGGUAUCACGGGAGCUCAAAUUAACCUGAACCAAAUGGAUGGAGCGAUUGUCUCUAUGGGAUUGGGUAUACUGGCGGCCGCCAUUAUUAUCCGGAUAGUUAUCACGAUCCUAGUAGGCAUCAGAUGUCAAUUGAAUACCAAGGAGAAAGUUUUUAUAGCUUUUGCGCUGAUGUCGAAAGCUACUGUGCAAGCAGCACUAGCUCCAGUAGCACUCGCCACGAUCAGCAACGAGUCCUCAGUUGAGCAUGAGUACGCAGAGAAAAUCCUGAUGAUAUGCAUCCUGUCUAUAAUGCUCUCAGCGCCAAUUGGUGCCAUCAUGAUCACCAUUCUGGGUCCCAGACUUCUCACAAAGACUAAAUUCCCCGUAAUUUCUGAUGGCUGGCGCCAAUCACAUCGGCCUUCCAUACGUGAUAUUAGCAUCAUCGACGAAGAAGAGGAGAAGGCGGACAUCGAGAGCGUUAUUUCCGAUUCUCCAAGCAGCAAAGACAGGUCUUCAAACAAGCUUGAAAACACAUUGUAAAAUGCGUUCCCUAAAAUAACGUUUGGUCUUCUUAAAUAAGAGUGAUGGCAUUUUAAGAGAAAAGAUAUUUGCAAAAAGAAUCUACGCCCAUUUAGUGUAUUAUAUGGAAAUAUUUUUUUUUCUACUGUGGGUGUGGAAGUCGUUGUGGAAAAGUAAUUAAUAUACUUAAUUACAUAAUUCAUUUCGUUUUAACAUGUUUCUAAUAUUGUUGUAUGUAAUGAGUGUUAUAUUUUAUCAGGUAAUUUUUAUCCUGUUUCUACGGUCCGAACAAAGAAAACAUAUUUUAAAAUGAAUAUUUUUUUAAUAAAGCUAGUAAAGAUUUUGAAA